CGGUACGGAGUCAGGUCCACCUGGAGGGCAAUCGUUUGGUACUUACGUGCAUGGCGGAGGGGAGCUGGCCUCUCGAAUUUAAAUGGCUGCAUGACCAUAAGGAGCUGACCAAGUUUUCCCUGGAAUACAGGUACAUGAUCACUUCGCUGGACCGGACGCACGCCGGCCAUUACCGCUGCAUCGUGAGGAACCGGCUGGGAGCUUUGCUGCAGAGGCAGACGGAGGUCCAGGUGGCCUACAUGAGCAACUUCGAAGAAGGGGAUACCACCCAGACAGUGUCUCAAGGGGAUGCAGCUGUCAUCGUUGCCCCCAUCAUCGCCAGUUUUCCCCAGCCACAAGUUACCUGGUUCAGAGAUGGCAGGAAGAUCCCUCCAAGCAACCGCAUCGCCAUCACCAAGGACAACACACUAGUGAUCCUGUCCAGCGUAGCCCCCGACGCCGGGCGCUACUACGUCCAAGCCGUCAACGACAAGAACGGCGACAACAAGAGCAGCCAACCCAUCGCCCUCAUCGUGGAAAAUGUUGGUGGACCGGCAGACCCGAUUGCUCCCAUCAUUGUCAUUGCACCUCAGAACACGAGCGUUGUGUCGGGAACCUCUGAGGUGACGAUGGAGUGUGUGGCUAACGCCAGACCCCUUGCCAAGUUAAACAUAAUAUGGAAGAAGGAUGGAGUUCUCGUCUCCAGCGGGGUGAGCGAAUUUGGGCGCCGCCUCACCAUCCUGAACCCCACCCUGAGUGAUGCUGGCUAUUACUUUUGCGAGGCGACAUUACGCAGCAGCAGCGUACCUCCCGUCACCGCUGGAGCCUACCUAACCGUGUUUGAGCCGCCACAGUUUGUGAAAGAGCCUGACAGACACUUGACCGCAGAGAUGGAGAAAGUGGUGGACAUUCCGUGCCAAGCUAAAGGUGUUCCUCAGCCCUCCAUCUCCUGGUACAAGGAUGCCGCCCUGAUUGAUGUCCGUCGGGAGACCAGGUUUCGCGUGGUAGGCGGGGGGAGCCUUCGGAUCAGCGGGCUGAUGCCUGAGGACACGGGGAUGUUCCAGUGCUUCGCCCGCAACAGUGCGGGGGAGGUGCAGAGCUCCACUUACCUGGCCGUCACCAGCAUUGCUCCUAACAUCACCAAGGGGCCCUUAGACAGCACCGUGAUAGACGGCACAGCUCUGGUGCUGCAGUGUGAAACCUCGGGGGCCCCACGACCUGCUAUCAUGUGGCAGAAAGGCGACAGGAUUUUGGCCAGCGGGUCAGUUCAGCUGCCGCGAUUCACCUUGUUAGAAUCUGGAAGCCUUCUCGUCAGCCCGGCUCACAUUUCCGACAUUGGAACAUACACCUGCACCGCCACCAAUUCCCGCGGCGCUGAUGAAGCCUCCGCCGAUGUUCUCGUGUGGGCUCGGACGCGCAUCAUUAACCCUCCAGCCAACCAGAGUGUAAUUAAAGGGACAAAAGCGUCAAUGUCCUGCGGGGUGUCACAUGACCCCAGCGUCGCCAUAAGGUAA